CGUUCACCGCCACCACGCAACCCUAGAUUUGAAAACCAUCCCGGGGAGUUCAAAGUCGCAAAUCCGCCACGAUGAAGCUCGUCAGGUUCCUGAUGAAAUGCGCAAACGAGACGGUGACGAUCGAGCUUAAGAAUGGCACCAUCAUCCACGGCACCAUCACGUCGGUUUCCCCGCAGAUGAACACGGCGCUGCGCACCGUCAAGAUGACCCAGCGCGGUCGCGACCCCAUCUCCCUCGACACCAUCAAUCUCCGCGGCUCGACGAUCCGCUACUACAUCCUGCCGGACUCGCUGCCGCUGGACACGCUGCUGAUUGACGAUGCGCCGAAGCCGAAGAACAAGGCGCGGAAGGAGGCUGCGGAUAGAGGCAGAGGUGGCCGAGGGCGCGGAGGUCCCAGAGGACGGGGUGGCUUCAGAGGCGGUCGUGGCCGAGGCGGAGGAAGGGGAUUCUAGAGAUGAUGAACAUGGAUGGGGAUAUGAAGGCGGUCUGGAGGCUUGGGCGGAGGAGCCCAUAUGUGUCCUUCUCUAUUACCUUGCGUGGUCGUGACUAGGAACGUGCUGGAUCUCUGGCUUCGGACAGAGAAGUCAUGAAUGGCUUGAGGGGUCAUUGGCGUUUGUGGAUAUAAAAUCAGGCAAUCAACAUCAACAUUUCGCGUGC